AUGAUCCAUCUCAUUUCUCUUAUCUCUCUCGCUCUCCUGGUCGUCGCACACCCCGGCGAGGCUCCCCCAACUGCAGCUGAGCUUUCUCGUCGCGCUGAGCUCGAAACUGCUACCCGCCGUUCCCUUGCGGAUUGUCAGAGCCAUCUUGCUCGGUGCGGAUACACCGACAGGUCAAUCGCUCGUCGUACGGCGCUUGCUGAGGAUCUCCGAAGGAAGCGCGGGCUUGCUACUCACGCUCCGUACAAACGCGCGCUUACCGUCGAGGAGGUCGUGGACACGAGCCAUCUGUCAAACAUAACAGGGCUUACGUCCGACUCGGACCCAUUCACGUCUAAUACCUCGUGUAUACUCACUCCGGAGCUCGAGCAGGGCCCGUACUACGUUCAGGGGGAAUACGUCCGCUCGGACAUGCGCGAAAACCAAACUGGGGUGCCCACCUACGUGGACGUCGAGCUGAUCGAUAUAGCUACGUGCGAGCCUAUCACCGGCAUCUAUCUCGAUGUGUGGCAUUGUAAUGCGACUGGCGUCUACGCUGGCAUCGUUGCGGAUGGCAAUGGUGAUGACACAGAUGAGAGUAAUUGGAACACGACAUUCUUGCGUGCUAUCCAGCCGACGAACGACGAGGGAUACGCUCAGUUUGAGUCUAUCUUUCCGGGACAUUACUCUAACCGGGCGACCCAUUUCCAUAUGAUCGUCCAUGAAAAUGGAACGCUCUUCGAUAACGGCACCUUCUCUUCCGACGGCCAACAACACAUCGGCCAAGUGUUCUUCGACCAAGACCUCAUCACCGCGGUAGAGGCGACGUCUCCGUAUGCAAACAAUACGAUCGCCAUCACCGAAAACGAAGACGACCGCGUGUUCAUCGCGGGCGUUGAACCUAGCACUGGAACUGGGGUCGACCCCGUCUUGGAGUAUGUUUACCUCGGUGAUGGUCUUUCGGAUGGGCUCCUUUUCUGGGGUAUAGUCGGUGUGAACUUGUCGGCGAGCUAUGAGUCUUCUCCGGGGGGUUACCUUACGGAAGAUGGAGGUGUCGUGAACCCCGACGCUACUGCCAUUGGUGUCGAUGGAGCAGCAUCUUCUGGUGUCAGUGGUACCAAUACCACGUCCACGGCUAGUGUGUGA